UUGAAAAUGGAAGAUAAUUGUGUUGAACACCCUCAUUCUGAGUCGGGAACAAAGCUGAAUGGAAGUGAGAAACAAACAGAUUUGGAUGAUAUCCCAAAUACAACAGAAGAUAAUUUCAAAGUGCCAGUUCUUCCAGUUCCAACGAUAACGUCAACAGAAGCUAAUUUGGUGCCUUGUAAAGAUGUCCUUGAAAAUAAACCAGACGCUAAGCAGGCUGAAGAGAAAACCAAGUCUGUGAAUGUAGUUUUUUCACUUUCGGAUUUGAAAUCUCGUGCUCUUAGCAGAAUGAGCCCAGCAGAACUACUCAAAGAGUCGAACGUGUCUUCAGUUACAUACAGGGAACCCUUAUGGAGUGGCCUUUUAGCCGAAGACUACUGGGUCGAAACUAUCAAAAACGGCGUGGUAAUCGAGAAGUUUUGGCUAGACAAACCGAUGGCAUCAAUUGGGAGAUCUAAACAUGUAGAUAUAGUACUGGAACACCCAUCGAUAUCCAGGGUACAUGCCGUGUUCCAGAUGCGACCUACCCUGGGAGAAUCAGGGGACGAGGAGCCUGGAUUGUAUUUGUAUGAUUGCGGAAGUACUCAUGGUACAUUCCUGAACAAGCAAAGAAUUGAAGCCAACUGUUACAGCAGAGUGAAAGUUGGCCAUGUGAUCAAGUUUGGAAACAGUACGAGGCUGUUUAUUGUUCACGGCCCGGACAGUGACACUCCUGCAGCCAGUCCCUACUCUAUCACGGAGAUCAAGCAGAGAAAUGCGGAGAUGAAGAGGAGGCAGCAGGAGUUGAUAGAGGAGAGAAAGAAGCAGAUUGAGAAGGAGAAGGAGAGUGGGAUCAGCUGGGGUUUCAAGGAGGACGCCGAACAGUCUGAUGAAGAUGACGACGAAAAUCCUAAAGCUGUCAAUCCCUUCUCAGUUCCUGAGGAGUUGAACUUGGAAGACCCGAAGAAGACAUUGAAGGGUUGUUUUGAAAGGGAGGGGUUUGAAUUAGAGUACAUCUGCGAGGAGGAACAGUUCGGUACACACAUUUGCAAAAUAGAACUUCCAAUGGUGGAUUCAGAGGAUGGGCGGCCAGUGUUCGCAGAAGUGGUGAACAAGGGUAAGCGAAGAGACGUCCAGGUACAGUGUGCACUGGAGGCAUGUCGCAUUCUAGACGCACAUGGAAUCCUCAGGGCAUCCUCACACGAACGACACGAGGUGAAGAAGCGUAAUUGGGCCGAGAAUGACUUCUACGACAGCGAUGAUGACACGUAUUUGGACAGGACUGGGAGUGUGGAGGCGAAGAGGAAGAGGAGGAUGGAGAGACUGGGGGCAGAGGAGGGCGAGGGGGAGGGACAUAACAAAGUGCACACUGAUGAGUCACUGACUGCAGAUUUGUUGGCAGCUCAAGAAGAGCUUUCGAAGCUGGAACAGCGAAUCAAAAGUAGUCAAUCACAUGUGGCUAAAAUGACGUCGUUGGAUACCCUGGACGAAUACAUGCAAGGAAUGAAAAGCGGCGAGGAAAUUGAUGCGACGACCAGAAGAAAAAUGAAAAUGAGAACGAUUGAGUUGAAAAAAGAAAUAGCUAAGAUUGAAAAGAUGAAAAAAGCGGCGGAGCCAGCCGAUAUUAAAUUAAGGAACAAUACAACUGGUGCAUCCCAGAAGAAUAAAUACUUACGUGCAACUUCAAGAUUUGGGUUUUCAUUGCCCGCUAAAAAGAUGUCAGUUAAUACAAACCCUUUCGGCAAUAGUCAAGAAAAUAACUCUGAAGCCAACCCGUUGUUAGCUGGAGCGAGAAAAAAUGCGAUUAAUGCUGACGAAUCAUGCGUUGUAAAGGAAGGCGAAGAUGGCGUUGAAUACGAAGAGGACGAAGAUGAAUCAUCAACAACAACAACAACAACGAAAUUACAAAAUGCAACAGAAUCCAAUAUCAAAACGACAUCGAAAAGUACCGCAGAGAAACCUGGAAUCACAACACAGCCUGACCAAUCCAAAGUUGCGAUCACCUUAACAUCAAAUGCCGCCAAGUCAAAAGCAACCAGUUCUGCUUUUAAAACACAAGAAAAUUCUAAUGUAGACUCCACAAGUGCCUCAACGACUGCUAAUAUUUUGAAAAACUUGUCAGAAAAACGGGAGAAGUCAGAUCAUUCUAAUGGCAUAUCAGCUGAAUCAAAAAGUCGAACAGAUAAAACGAAUGAACCGAGACAGCAUAAUGUAAAUGAGAUCCGGAGUAAAGAGUUGAUUUCAAAACCAAAGAAGCGUGAAAAAGAAGAAGCUUUGGAGGAAGGAGAUGAUUUUUCUGGAUGGGUUCCGCCUUCAGACCAAAAAGGAGACGGGAAAACGAAUUUAAACGACCUGCUUGGCUAUUGAAGAACUUGUUCGAUCAUAUUCCAGUGUUUGUCGGCUGAGAAUUCGAUACUAGUGAUGAUGGAAUCCUGCAGUUAUCCCCUAGUCGAAAAACUACAGAUAAUGAAAAAUCAACUAUAAAACAAAACUAUGUUUCGCUUCGGCGUACCUGUUUUUCCUUUCUUUUCAGUAUUUAGUUUUAAAGA